UUUUGCUGUUUAGCUUUUGGAAAAGUCACCGGUGUACCUGCACUCAAUCGCUGUUCGUUCGUUUUCGCAGAGACCAAGUAAUUUGCGAGCAUCUGAGUGUCUUUUUCUACCUUUCUUUGUUGUGAGAAUGUCUUCUGAAGAGACGCUUAGUGACGGUAGAGUGAGGGGAAGGGUUGAGGAGACAGAGAGUAAGGAUUUGGGGGUGCCGUCGAACAUUUUGGAGAGAGAGGAUGGAAGAGAGCCGUGUUUUAACCUUGAGGAGGAAGUUGUUGGUGAGGUGGCAGGGUAUGAAACAAGUUUGGAGAAUAGGGGUAGUUUGGCCCAUUUGGUUGAGAACUAUGGGGUGCUCGGGCGUGUGUUGGUAAGGCCGGCGGGGAGUAGGGAGAGGGCGUGUUCGGCCCCGAGGGACCACUUUAUGCCUCUCUACUCCCAUUACCUGGCGGCUGGGUUGCGGUUCCCUCUUCCAGACCUAUUGGUAUGGUUGUUGUUGGAGUAUGGUCUGGGGCUAACGCAACUCACCCUCAAUGCCGUGCGGUUAGUGGUGGCGUUUGCAGUGUAUAGCCGAAGUCGGGGGGUAAGUUUUCCUACUGCCAAUGUAUUCAAGUACUUUUACGUCUUGAAUGCUGGGAGUGGUAGGGAGAAGGGGUGGUACUACUUUACGGGCUGGGUAGCGAAUAAGCAGAGGAGGGGUCUGUUUAGCGCCGGGCCGUCUUCCAUUAAAGGGUGGAAAGAUAAGUUCUUUUUUGCGGAUGACACGGAGUGGGAUAAGACUGAUGCCGAGGUGGAACACUUGAGUCGUUGGAAGGCGAAAGGGUUAAACCUCAAUGAGUAUAGUCUGACCCCGGGGAAGUUGGAGGAUGUGGGGGAAUUGGAAAGAGGAGGGGUGGGUUUACUGGAUGUCAUGGAGUAUACGAGCCAGAGGAUGUUAGACGCGGCUGAGAUAUAUGGGCCGAGCUCGCAGAGAGGAGAAGAGAUGAACAAAUUUUUGGACGCAGCGGGUGGAGUUGGAAUUCCAAACAGGGGAAGAGGGAAGAGAGGCGAGGUCAGGAGGCGGGCGGAGGAGGUUUCACUGCCCCAAGCCGAAGUGGAGAAUUUGGCCAUAACUCAGCUUGGCCAUGCUGGGGGGGAAGUGACGGUGGUUGAGGAAGGGCCCAUUGUGGCGAAGAGGAGGAGGCAUGAGCAACAAGAGGUCGUGGUGGAGGUGGAGGAGACGAUCAGUUUUUAUGACUCCGGGAUGAGGAGCACAGCAAAGAGGUUCAUCAACACCUACUUCCCGGAGGUGGAUCGCCAGCGUGCGAAGGACGAGGUGGCUGCUAGGGGUUCAGUUGGCGUUGUCCGUCAAACGCUGGAGGCUGUUAAUCUCGUGAAUGCUUUGGCGAAUGAGCAUCACGAGAGUCUGAAAGAGAGGAAUAAGAUGAGGAAGGAGAACGCCGAGCUCGUUAAGAAGAGCGAGGCUGCCGAGGCCGAGGUGGCGAAGUUGAAGGCGGAGAAGGAGGAACUCCGGAAAGAGAACGUCACCCUCAAAAAGGACUCGGAGAGCUCGUACCAAAAGAAGAAGAUAUGCAAGGCCGAGCUGGAGAAGAGGGAGAAGGAGGUGGAGGAGGCGGAGAAGGUGGUGGCUAAGUUGGAGCUUAAGGUUCACAACUCAGUUGAAGAACAUGUGGAGGGGUUCCUGAAAUCCAGCAUCUUCGAGGAUAUCGUUAACCUCUAUCGCCUUCCCACUGCCAUUGUGGCCUUCUCUGACUGCCGGAAGAAGGUAAAACUGGAAUAUCCUGAUGUCGAUGUGACGAAAAUUACCUUCGGAGAGCAGGAGGGGGAGGUGGAGGAAAAUGGGGAGAGCAGUACUGCUGACUUCCGCCCAGAGAUCACACUGAAGUGGGAGAAAGACAGCAGGGGCCAAACCAUUUUGCCUCCCAAGUUCAGUUUUGAAUUUGUGGUGGUUGAUGAGGGAGACGAGGGUGACGAGGUCACUGAAGGUGCUGAGAAGUCAACUGAAGGUGUUGACCAGCCAAGCCAGCUUGCGGAUAACCCCGAGCAACCUUCGGCCAACGCGGACCAGACUGCUGACUAGAUUCGGCCUUGGCCCCUUAGAUUUUUUUUUUUUUGAGAUAUUCUUUGUAAACGAUUAGAAAUUAAUGGAAUGAAUUUGAUUCUUUUUU